GGGCGUCUUGGCAGUAAUUGUGGGAAAUGUAGUUCCGGGUGGGCAGGCUCGGACGCGCUCGCAGACCACAAUCCCCAACAGGCUCCGCGCGUCCGACGUCGCUACACGCAGAGUCUUCGCGGGGGGCGGGGCUGCGGCGGGGCGGGACGUCCCCAACGGCUCCCGCGGCGGUUUAACCUCGCGGCAGCUGGGCUUCGCUAGUUUCCCGCGUGGUGUGGCUGGGUUCCACGCUUGGGGUCCGGCAGAGGGUCCGAAGUUUCCGAACGCAGCGGAGAGCGCGGCGUGUGCCGUCGUCGGUGGGUCUCUGUCACAACUAUGACUUGGGAGAAAUGGAGUCUAGUUCCUCAGACUACUAUAAUAAAGACAAUGAAGAGGAAAGUUUGCUGGCAAAUGUUGCUUCCUUAAGACAUGAACUGAAGAUAACAGAAUGGAGUUUGCAGAGUUUAGGGGAAGAGUUAUCUAGUGUUAGCCCACGUGAAAAUUCUGGUUAUGCCUCUAAUCUCUCAAGGUCUGAAAGGCUCGUUCUGGAAGAUCUUUCUCAGCCUAGCCAGCUUGGACUUUUGAAUUACUCACCUUACAAAAAAGUUUGUAAAAUGCCCAAUAGUGGUACUGAUUUUCAAAAAAAGCCAAGAGAUAAGAUGUCUUUUUCAUCUUCUACCCCUGUGGAUCAGGAAAUCAAAAGUCUUCGAGAGAAACUUAAUAAACUUAGGCAACAGAAUGCUUGUUUGGUCUCACAGAAUCAUUCUUUAAUGACUAAAAUAGAAUCUGUCCACUUUGAAUUGACACAGUCAAGAGCAAAAGUUUCUAUGCUUGAAUCUGCUGAACAACAGGCAGCCAUUGUACCAAUCUUAGAAGAACAGAUUAUAAAUUUGGAAGCAGAAGUUUCAGUCCAAGAUAAAGUUUUGAGAGAGGCAGAAGAUAAAUUACAGCAGAGUCAGAAAAUGGUGAUUGAAAAGGAACAGAGUUUGCAGAAGUCCCAAGAGGAAUGUAUAAAGCUGAAGGUAGACUUACUUGAACAAAGUAAACAAGGAAAGAGAGCUGAACGACAAAGGAAUGAAGCACUAUAUAAUGCUGAAGAGCUAAGUAAAGCUUUCCAACAUUAUAAAGAAAAGGUGGCUGAAAAACUGGAAAAGGUUCAAGCUGAAGAAGCAAUAUUAGAGAAAAAUCUAAUUAACUGUGAAAAAGAAAAUAAAAGGCUACAGGAAAAGUGUGGUCUACAUAAAAGUGAACUUGAAAUUCUGAAAGAGAAAUCAAGGCAGUUAAAAGAAGAAAAUAAUAAUGGAAAAGAAAAAUUAAGGAUCAUGGCAGUGAAAAAUUCAGAAGUCAUGGCACAACUAACUGAAUCUAGACAAAGUAUUCUUAAGCUAGAGAGUGAGUUAGAGGAUAAAGACAAAAUACUUAGAGAAAAAUUUUCUCUGAUGAAUGAAAACCGAGAAUUAAAAGUUCGUAUUGCAACACAGAAUGAGAAACUGGAUUUGUGUCAGCAAGAAAUAGAAAGUUCAAGGGUGGAACUGAGAAGUUUGGAAAAAAUUAUGUCCCAGUUGCCAUUAAAAAGAGAAAUGUUUGGUUUUAAAUCAUCUCUGUCUAAGCACCAGAUGAGUAUUUUGUCAAACAAGGAAGACAGUUACAUUGGCUGCUGUGAGACAAAUAAAAUGAUUUCGGAAUUGAGGUUUAAGCUUGCAAUGAAAGAGGCAGAAAUUCAAAAGCUUCAAGCAAACCUGACUGCUAAUCAAUUAUCUCACAAUCUUAUUGCUUCUAAUGGCAAGCAAGAAAGUGGCAAAUUAAAUAGUUUAGAAACAGAACCUGUAAAACUAGGAGGUAAUCAAGUAGCUCGAAGUAUAAAAGAUCAAAAUCAACAUACUGUGAACAAGCAAUACGAAAGAGAAAGGCAAAGACUUGCUUCUGGAAUAGAAGAAUUACGUGAUAAGUUGAUGCAGAUAGAAGCUGAGAAUUCUGAUUUGAAGGUUAACAUGGCCCACAGAACUAGUCAGUUUCAGCUGAUUCAAGAGGAGCUGCUAGAGAAAGCUUCAAACUCUAGCAAACUUGAAAGUGAAAUGACAAAGAAAUGUUCUCAACUUUUAACUCUAGAGAAACAGCUAGAAGAAAAAAUAGUUGCUUAUUCCUCUAUUGCUGCAAAAAAUGCGGAACUAGAACAGGAACUUAUGGAAAAGAAUGAAAAGGUUAGAAGUCUAGAAACCAAUAUCAAUACAGAGCAUGAGAAAAUUUGUUUAGCUUUUGAAAAGGCAAAGAAAAUUCAUCUUGACCAGCAUAAAGAAAUGGAAAAGCAGAUUGAAAGACUUGAAUCUCAACUAGAGAAAAAAGAACAACAAUUUAAAGAACAAGAAAAGACUAUAUCCAUGUUGCAGCAAGAUAUAAUAUGUAAACAACAUCACCUUGAAUCACUAGACAGACUCUUGACGGAAAGCAAAGGGGAAAUGGAAAAGGAAAAUAUGAAGAAAGAUGAAGCUUUGAAAACAUUACAGAACCAAGUAUCUGAAGAAACAAUCAAGGUCAGACAACUAGAUUCAGCAUUGGAAAUUUGUAAGGAAGAACUUGCUUUGCAUUUGAACCAGUUGGAAGGAAAUAAAGAAAAGUUUGAAAAACAGCUAAAGAAGAAAUCUGAAGAA